CCUUCUUUUUUUUUUUUUUUUAUAUCAGUCUCCAACACUCUUUAAAGGUCAAUUUCAUGAAUGGUCAUUCAGCUUUAUUUUGUAACCGACUGCUCAUGAUUGGUGAAACUUGAAAAGAUAAACAUUUUGGAGAUUAUUUAUCAUCACAAGAUCAAGUUAGUCCAACUUGUCCGAGUUAGUGUGCUACUUCAUCAAAAUAGAUAAUAUGUAUUUCACACGACAUUUUUAUUGGCUCAUAUAUAACCCAUUACGCUAAAAAAUAACCUAAAGAAACUGAUUACUCAAUCCAAUAAUUAUUGAGCCUACUUCUCUAACCCUCUACCAAAUAGCUAAUAGGAGGGCUACUAUGAACUUUUUCAUUAUUAUUUUUAGUGAGUUAACACUCCAAAUCUAGAUAACUUAUGCUAAAAAAUUGUUAACUAUUAUAAAUCUUAGUGAAUUAUUUGUUACCAACCCAAAAGUUCGGUGACCAUUUCUGCAAUGGACCCAACUUGGUCCUUUCUAGUUUCCAAGUAUCCUACUUUUGUGUUUUUUGCUGGUUCUCUUAACAAAAUUUUGGAAGUCCUUUCUUCCAAGAUUUUUUGUCCAGCUUUUCCUCAACAUGUUCACCUCAAAUUUAUGCAAACAGGGGUGGCAAUGUCCCCCCAUCUCUUGUAUGGUAAGGAGAGAUUUGACCAAAUAAGUCACAAAAAAAUCGAGAUUGAUAUAUUUUUCAAAUUAUAAUGACCCAUUUUAAGGUCAGAUUAAUGAUUAAGAUGAAAGAACUAACAUGAGACGAUAUGUUUUAAUAAAAUUGAUAAUCUUUAUUUUCAAAUCUGUUUUCUAAUAAUUUGAUUGUUGAUAUAUUAUUACAAAUUUAAAUUAUCUCAUUAUUUUGUUAUGUAUGUUAUGAUAAUCUUUGGAAAAGGAAAUCAAUAUAUUGAUGUAAACGUACAUAUUUAGACUGAUACAUGUUCAUAAACUAAUUUCGGUUUCAGACCAACGUUAAUAGUUCGAUUUAUUAUGAGGAAAGUUGUUUGUUACUGCAGCAUCCUUCUUCCUUGCGAUUAAGAGGAGGGCCAACGGCCGUCCGCAGGCCAGCUGCAUCAACGAUAGCCAUUCUCUCUUUCGUUUCGUUUUGAUUACCUCGGAAAAUGGAUAAAUAAUUAAUAACGAAUCAAGUUAAUCGAAUUCCGCAGCAAGAAACUGCUUAGUUACCUUUUUUGGGUCUCGGUGUGAAGCUCGGAGACAGAAAUGGCCGUCCGUCGCUGUCACACACCGCCGGCGGUCGGGAAAGAGAGCUCCGGAACGGCCAGAUUUCCUCCCGGUCAAUAUAUCGCAAAAUAGUCAACAUAUCGCGUAAAUAUCGCGAUAUAUAGAUAUAUCGUGAGAUAUCGCCAAUUUCACUUUCUCGUCAAUUUCUCGCGUUUCGAUUUUGGUUUUGAGAACUCGAAACGUUCCGCGUUUCUACGUUUUUUUGCUCCCGUUUCUCGCUCCGCGUGGGUUUGGCCGCACCGUUUUGCUUUGGAUGGGCUAUUUCCGCCUGACGAGGGGGUAUUUGGCGGGUUCCUUAUGGGCCCUCUCGGAAAGGCAUAUUGGACUUCACCCGCUGAAUUUCAUGGGCCUGCGGCUGAUAUUCCUGCGGCCCGCGUUGGUUUUCCCGGUUUUAAAAAAACACCAACUAUAUAAAUACGACCUAUCGGAAUCGGAACCCCACCACCGCAGCGAUCUCCCGCCUUUCCUAGAUCGUCUGAAAUGAAAUCCCUAAAAUCUCUUAGAUUCCGGCGCUACAAGCAUUUUUCGCGAUGGCGGUGGAUGGUCGAAAAGAGCUCACGGCGAAACUAGAGGGGCUCUUGGCGAAAGUAAAGGAGUUGGAAGAGCUCGAACGCGAAGAGGUCGAAGGAGAAGGAGAAGGAGGAGAAGAAGAAGAACUCCCGGCUUAUGGUCCACUCGGUCGCGAAGCCACACUGACGCUGGAGAGGACUUGCGCGCUCGACGAUCACCUGGCUCGUUUGCAGGAAAAGCUGCGAUCUGGAAUCGAUCUCAACGAAUUGAGGCAGCACGUCGAGCAGGUUAGCGAGAUGGUGGAAGCUCUGCGUGAAGCAUAUUUCAGCCAUGUAACGGCAAUCGAAAAAGGACUCUGUUCUUAUUAGAUUUGCUGGUUCUGUCUUUCUUUUCUAGUUCAUAUCAAUGUAGGAUCUUUUUGAGCU